AUGCCGUCUGCCUCCCCCACGGUGCAGGACUCCCCGCAUGGCAGCUUCAGGCAGGCGGACAUGCGCGGAGCAGGCAUGGGCUGCGGGGGAAACAUGGGGGGCAUGGGGGGAAUGGGGAUGCGCGGGCCAGGCAUGCGGGACAUGGGCAUGCGGGGGCCAGGAGCGCGGGAGGGGCCUGGCGUCGUACGCGAUACAGGAAUGAGUGAGCUCGCGCUCCGAUCCAUGGCGAUGCGGGACCCAGGCAUGCGCGACGGGGGGAUGCAUCGCGGCGGGAGAGGCCCCGCGGCGUACGGCGGCGCGUACGGCGGCGCAUAUGGCGGAGGCGCGGGGCCGCGGCGGGAAUGGGGCGCGCAAGAGCAGCGGCGGUGGGGGGCCGGUGGGGGGUACGCCUCGGGAAUACCGGCGUCGGGAGUAGCGCCGUACGAUAGUCCCCCCGAGACGACGUAUGUGGAGAUGGAGGACGAUCCGACGGCCCACGACUCCCCGCCGUCGUAUCACAGAGCUGGCGACGUGAACCCGCACAUCGCCAUGCUGAGACGGCGCCGCGCCAUGUACAGCAGCAGCAGAUCGCACUACGUGUCGGCGCUUAUCAAGCAGAAUAUUCCCUACAUAGUCAUCGCGGUUCUGCUCAUUCUUCUACUUAUUCAAAACCGGCGGCAACAGCAGCUAGCGACUGUCUCGAAUGGGGGGAAUGGCGCAGCAGGUGGGGCGGGCGCGGGAGGGGGAGCAGGGACAGGGGCUAAGUCGACAGCGGGAGAGAAAGCGGAAGCAGGGAAUGGGGGCGGGGGCCAAGCGGGGGCGGGGCAAGCGCAGUCAGGGGCAGCAGCGAAAAAUCCAGUGGACCCGCGGGUUCUGCAGCAGGAAGGGGGCGCGCAGCAGCAGCAGCAGCAGCAGCAGCCGCGAGUUGAGGCUGCAGGCACGGCAGGCGUAGCGGGCGAGGGACUGACUGCGGGGGCCACGGGAGGGGGACUGACGGCGGGGGCAGCGGGAGGGGGGCGAGCAGGGGCGUCAGGCGGAGGCAUGGCGGCCACGGCAGGGGGAACAGGCGCAGCCGGGGCCGCAGGCGCAGCAGGAGGGGGAGCGGGGACCACUGCAGGGGCGGCGGGAGCAGCAGCGGGGGGAGAUGUAGACGCUUCUUCUAGCCACUUCGACCCACAAUCCGACCUGAGUGACACGGAGAAGAGGCGUGAACUGGUGAAGGCGAUUCUAGAGGACCCGAACUCGAAGGUGGCCAAGGAGGUGACGCGCAACAACGUGUUCCGCGAGCACAUGCCCACGUUUGGGUUCGUGCAGUUCGCGAGUUACCGCAUGAGCGAGAGCAAGUUCGCCGUGGUGGGGCUGGCGUCCCGCGUGCUCAAGACGUCCCGCGAGCUGGGCAGGUGCCUGUGGAAGGAGAAGCACGGCGGCCAUAGAGUGACGGGGCAGCUCGUGGCCUACUAUCUCGGGGACGACCAUAACAAGCGGUACAAAGCGGUGGUGCUGGUAUGCGAGCUAGACAUCGAUCAAGCAUCCACACCCCUCUUUCCACUCUUCCCCCCCACCCUUCUCUUUUCCCCUUCCCCACACUGCACAGCCUACUACCCAGGCGACGACCACAACAAGCGGUACGAGGCGGUGGUGCUGGUGUGCGAGCUGGAGGAGUCCACAGCCCAGGACUUUGGCGGCAUCCUGGUGGUGACAGUGGACAAGGAGGACAUCGUCUCCUACAUCGAGGACCAGGGCCAGUUCCCCUCCGCCAACCCCGCCGCGCCCUACCCCCACCGCCUCACCUACUGCUCGCCGCCGCUCGCCACCAAGCUCAUCCCCAUGCGGGUGUACGAGUGGAUCGAGUACCAUCUGCACGUGGGGGUGGACCGGGUCGUGCUGUACGACGCAGGGGCGCUAGAUCCGGAGAUCAUGGGGCUGAUAGAGGGGUUUGUGGAGGGCGGGUACGUGCAGAUCGUUGACAUGCGGCGCGUGGAGCAGUUUGAUGUAUGGGAGUCCGGGAGGCUGCUGGCGAUGAAUGACUGUGUGCACCAGCACGCGUUCACCUCGCAGUGGGUGUUUUUCGCCGAGAUGAGUGAGUACUUUUCUUCCAGGUCUGGGGAGGAUAUGGCGGCGGUGCUGAGCCGGUUUGAGGGGCGGCCUUAUGUGUCGUUUGGGAGCAGAUGGUGGUCCCUUGAGAAGUGCGUUCAGGUGGAGGGCGCAGGGGGAGGGGUUGGGAGGGCAGCAGCAGCAGCAGCCACAGCCCAGCCGCCCCCAGCAGUCUCACCCGUGUGGGCGGUGGAGCGAAUGCGCUUCCACUGGCCGCAGCUGUUCUGCACCAACAAGGACGAGUACCCGCGUGCUGAGAUGUGUCUGGGUGAAUUCGGCUACCGCCGCGUGGCUGUGGACCCACGGCAGGUGAUGACUGUCCUCGUGCACCGCACCAGCGUGCCCGAGAUGGGCGGCGACGACUUGGACGCUAGUGAGGCGCGGUUCAACCGGUACCCGCUGCUGACGGAGGAGACGAGGAAGGCGUGCCAAAGGGAGGUGCGGCCGGGGGAGGUGGUGGAGUGGUGGGUGCGGGACGCUGAGGUGGCGGAGAUUGCGGAGAAGGCGAGGAAGAGCCCUAAGGGGCGGCCGCGGGUUGCGUCUGAGUUGUCUUCGUCUCGGAGAUGA